UGAGGCAGAAGUUCUACAUGCAAAUAAGGCACCCAAGGCCAGAAGGCAUUUGUACAUCCAAGUGAGCAAUCUCUAGGGAGCUUUCCCCUGGAGUCCUGCAAGUUAGAAAUGUAUGCCAUCUUUUGUGAUGUCUGCACAUCUUCAGAGGUGCUUUUGUUUCUAUCCCUCUCAGCAGAGUCAUCAGCUUCUCAGUUGUUAUAGAGAGGACUCUAAAGUGCAGCAUGACUCACACCAACCUUACCGUCUUCCACCCUGCAGUUUUUGUCCUACUUGGCAUUCCUGGGCUGGAGGCUUAUCACAUGUGGCUGUCAAUCCCCCUCUGCCUCAUGUACAUCACUGCAGUCCUGGGGAACAGCCUCCUGGUGGUGGUCAUCAUCACAGAGCGCAGCCUCCAUGAGCCCAUGUACUUCUUCCUCUCCAUGCUGGCCAUGACGGACAUCCUGCUGUCCACCACCACUGUGCCCAAGGCCCUAGCCAUCUUCUGGCUGCAUGCCCAUGACAUUGCCUUUGAUGCCUGUGUCACUCAAGUCUUCUUUGUCCAUGUGAUGUUUGUGGGGGAAUCAGCCAUCCUGUUGGCCAUGGCCUUUGACCGCUUCGUGGCCGUCUGCACCCCUCUGAGAUAUGCAGCAGUGCUAACAUGGCCUGUUGUGGGAAGGAUUGCUCUGGCCAUUGUCACUCGAAGCUUCUGCAUCAUCUUUCCUGUGAUCUUCUUGCUGAAGCGGCUGCCCUUCUGCCGGACCAACAUCAUCCCCCAUUCCUACUGCGAGCAUAUUGGAGUGGCCUGCUUAGCCUGUGCUGACAUCACUGUCAACAUCUGGUAUGGCUUCUCAGUGCCCAUUGUCGUGGUCAUCUUGGAUGUGAUUCUUAUAGCUGUAUCCUACUCAUUCAUCCUCUGGGCAGUCUUUCAUUUGCCUUCCCAGGAUGCCCGACAGAAGGCCCUCAGCACUUGUGGCUGUCACCUGUGUGUCAUCCUCAUCUUUUAUGUCCCAUCCUUCUUCACCUUAUUGACCCACCGUUUUGGUCAUAAUAUUCCUCGACAUGUCCAUAUUCUUCUUGCCAAUCUUUAUGUGGUGGGCCCUCCAAUGCUCAACCCUAUUGUCUAUGGUGUUAAGACUAAGCAGAUCCGGGAGGGCAUAGCACACUGGUUCUUUGAGGUCAAGGCUUGGUACUGUGCCUCCCUUCUGGGCUGAUGGUACCCCACCAAAUCCUACUCCCAGCUUCAUCAAGGAAUCUAGGUAUGACAAGCUCUACACUUUUUUUCCCAUACUUUUUUCUCUUCUCCUCUCUCUUCCUAUUUCCUGUUUCUCCCAUUCAUCCAGUUUUCUCUUCUUUCCCUCCUUCCCCUCCUCUCUGCCUCCUUUUGCUAUUUCUUUAAUUUCUCUACCCUCUUCUCAUGUCCUCCCUGUACCACCAUGAUUGACAACUGAGUCAUCACCUUGAUUUUAGCAGUUGAAAGCCUUAGUAAACCAGACCGACUCCAGAGGCACAGGUAGCUGAGCACCACAGGAAGCAAGGUUAUGAAUGAAUGGGUAAAAAUAAUUUUAUGUCUAACAUCUGAAUGGAGCCCAGUUUUUUUUUUUUUAUUCCAAAAUGUGCAGUUAUUCUUUGUGUAGAAUCAAGUAGCUGUAUACCUGCACUUCUAUAAUGGCAGGUGUUCUUGAAGAACAGCCAUCAUCCAUGUUCAAGAUCUGUUUGGAAAACUGCUCAUUUUUCAAAUUUCAGUUCAAGAACUGCCUUCACUGAGAAGUCUUUCCUGCUCUUCUCCAUCAAGCCAAGAUUCCUCUCUUUGCAUGUCCAUCAUCUUGUACAAAUCCAUAUUUGCACAGCGAAUGGUAAUGGGUUAUCUGUGCCCCUAAUUGAUUGUAAAUUCCUUGAAAUCAGAAGAGUGUAUAUCAUUCAUAUUUGUGUCCUCAGUGCAUUACAAAAUGCCUCACACCUAAUAAAUGUUUGAAAAAUGAAAGAAUGAGUGUGAGAACAAUUUCCUUCCUGAAGUCAGAACCUGCAUUUUUAUGAAACACCGAAACAACCAGUUAAAUUGGCCCACAAAACCAGAGAUUAGUAAAUCUGUCACUCACAAAGGCUGCUUGGCAUCAUGAAUGCAAAUCUUCUACUCAUCUGCCAUGCUUUCUUACCCCUUUA